CGCUCGCUUGCAGAGAGGUGCGCUAAAUAUCUAGUGGAGGACUUCCUGUCCGUUUCUGCGGCUGAGGAGAUGAAGAGGCGGCUGCAGAAGAAAUACUUGAUUUUGAUUUUAGGAUAUUCUGUGUUACUUCUGUUAAUUCCUUAUGUUUUGGAUAACAGGAGUAAAACGAUCAAUGAUAAACAUGAACUUCAACAGCAAAAGUGCCCUGACUUGGAAAAAACACUGGCACUGUGGAGUAACGUGGACAGAAACAACAAUGCUACCGAAAUGGUGGGAGACGCUUUCAAUAGGAGCGAUAAAAUAAACAUUUAUGUGCACGCCACAUGGAGAACGGGGUCUUCCUUUUUAGGCGAACUAUUCAAUCAACACCCCGACGUGUUUUAUUUGUACGAACCCAUGUGGAAUAUGUGGCAAUCCCUAUACCCUGGAGACGCAGUGAGUCUUCAAGGAGCCGUCCGGGACAUGAUGAAUUCACUUUUCCGCUGUGAUUUCUCCGUUCUUAAGCUCUACGCUGGAACUAGCAACAUCAGUACCUCAUUUAUUUUUGGGUGGAAAACGAACAAGGUUAUCUGCUCACAGCCUCUGUGCAACGCCUACAAGAAAGACGAAAUUGGCCUGGUGAGAGGAGACGUCUGCGACAAAUGUCGGCCGAGGGACAUUAAGGACUUGGAGAGAGAAUGCAAAAAGUACCGCGUUAUGGUGAUUAAAGACGUUCGUGUGUUAGACCUGAGUGUGCUAGUUCCUUUAAUGAGGGACCCUGGUUUGAAUCUUCGGAUCAUUCAGCUUUUUCGAGAUCCGCGCGCUGUGCACAACUCUAGGCUGAAAUCCAAACUGGCCCUGGUGAAAGAGAGCGUUCAAGUGCUGCGCAGCAAGAAACAGACGGAUAAAUUCAAACGGCUCCUAAUGCCCAGCAACAGGUCUAACCGUGCGGAGAAUUAUGUGGCGAGCGCAAUGGAGCUGAUAUGUGAUAGCUGGCUAAACGACAUGUUGCUCGUCGAGAACGCACCGCAAUGGUUGAAGAGAAAUUAUAUUCAGAUUCGUUACGAAGACCUUGUUCUUUAUCCCGUGGAGGAAUUGCAACGGCUGUUCCGCUUCUCAAACCUAACAUCUUUUCCUAAAAUUGAGAAAUUUGUCGUCAACAUGACCCGCGGAGAACGGUACUCUUCUGAGAAACCCUUUGUCAUAUCGUCGAGGGAUGCUAAGGAAGCUAUAUUUGCUUGGAGAGAGAGGUUAAACGUUGAACAGAUCAAUCGAGUCGAAGCCUACUGCAGCGAGGUCAUGCGUCGGCUGGGAUAUCAGAGUGUUGUGGAUAAAACGUAAAGCCUCGAGAAACAGAAUGGAGGGAACAAUGCGCGCUUGUUGGCUGAAGGGACUGAGCUCCCUGGCUUUAGCCCGUCACUCACGUUCCUGAGACUGGGUGAGGUGCCAGGCUUGGGCAAGCCGAUACAGCAUGGACCAGCGGAGCCUUUGUGCAUCCUCCGCUGUCAACACAGCUUUUCCACACAGGGUCUUCUCUUACACGGAGGUAUGGCACGGCCUACUGACCCGUCCCCCUGCCGGAGAGGCGGUUUGGCUGAUGGAGGAAUCUGCUUAAGGCAAUAUGAAUGCAGACUUUUGAGCUCAUUUGGGUAUGGGAGAUAGUUGGGGAUUAGCCAGUGGGUUAUAAAUUCAUUUCAAAUAAUUUCUUUGGAUAGCGAUUUUUACAGAAGACCGCCACAAAGAUACUUUCCAGAGUAAGAGAAUGGUAAAAUGCGAUUAAAAAGAUUAAUAAGUAAAGAAAUAAAGAGAUUUUGUUUAGUUUUGUUAACAGAAAGACCUAGGGCCUGAACCACCAAAUGGCAAUAAGAGAGAGAGAAAGGGAAGGAAAGACCCUCAAGCUGUGGUGAGAAAAGAAAUCCAGAUGGGGAAGAAAUCUCAGGAGGAACCCGGCUAUUGAGGGGGUGCCCAUUCUCCACUGGCCGGCAAAGUGUGAAUGGUGAAAAAAAUUGAAAUUGUAUAAAUCUAACACACAAUUCAGAGUGGAUUACAGCUAAUGUAAUAAACUAGCUGGAGAAGGAGAAAAUCCAAAUGGGCAACUGAUGUUACAUGGCAACUGAUGUUACAACUGCUGGAUAUUUGAGCUACAUAUUACAGCUACAUAUCUGAGACUUAAGAGUCAUUUCCUCCUGAGGGUUAUACAAGCAUAUGUCAGUCUCUUAUGUAAACAUGAACAGUUCAGAGAGGCAGGGUGAUGCAAAUAGGGCCUCAUUGCUUUCUCCUGUUUAACACACAUUUUAGGCUUGUAAUAUGACUUAAGACCUUAUUUUUCUUUUCUCAAGUAGAAAAUAUUAGCUUGUUUUAACCCCUUAUGGGUGGAUGUGACCUGCACGUUAUAUCUCCCUUAACAGACGGAUGUGAUGCCAGCGUUGUAUUUGAUCGCAUGACCGUUUUUCAAGACACAUGACCGUUGAAAUACAUUGCCAUUCCGAGGCCUUACUAUAGGUUUUCUGUAGGGCACAUUAGUCCAUAAUAGGUUAAGUUCAUAGUUACAGUUUUGUAUCCCCUUGGCAAAUCUUCAAAUGAGUCCGUCUUACCUCAUUAGCAAUAUUAUAAUUUUUUAAAAUUGUUUUAAAGGCCCACACGCAUCAGCAUUCUCUUCCUGGUUUUAGUAUGCAAAAUGCCCACAAAACAUUCCCAAACAGCAGUGAGGUAGGUUUCUUGCCCCCUCAACCCAAUUCCCCCUCCUCCUCCUCCUCCUCCUCCUCCUCCUGUGGUCAGCUCUCUGUGUUAGCAUUUAGCAACAUCAUCCCUGAUUAUGCCAAAACAUACAUCAUGUCAGGUGUGUAAAUAGUUUUACAAACAGCCCAGAAAAAUUGCAGUUAGACCUUAAAAUAUGCAUACUUCUACCAAAAUUGCAAUUGUUUUAAUUGGUAUGGAACACAAAUCGAAAGCUCCAGGAUGAUAUGAAAAGCUCAAAAUCAUGUGUGUGGGCCUUUUUGUCUUAAUAUAAGACAAAAAUACUUGUUCUAAUUUGUUUUUUGCAGUGUGAUGAACAGAAGACGAGGGGAGAGGUGGAUACGGUACAGAGAGAGUCACCACUGCUGGGGCACAGCAAGGAUGAGGAGACUGUCUGACAGUGAGGAGGAAGCUGACAUCCAGGCCGGCUUCUACUCUAACUGUGCCAGACCAGCCAAUCUUUUUGUGCAAAGAACCAGGAAGCCAUUUUAGGACUAGGGAGUCAGAUGGCCCCACGCCAUGUGUAAAUAUGUACAGAGAACAGAGCUGCUCCGGACCCCUCUCCCGAGACCGAUACGGCUUCACUGGAGAGAGGGAACAAGGGAGCACAGGCCCGCUGAUGUCCAGAUGUCACCGGCAGUAAUCCCCUCUCAAUCCUCGGCAAGCCCUAAUCGGCACAGGGCUCGUCACCUGGGAAAUGGUGAACCCGGACCGCUUCUGGCUUUGUCCUUCCCCCCUAUCGUUUCCACCCUGAAUUCUCAGGAGCUGUACGUGUGUGUGCAGCAUUUCCCAUUGGUGCAUCUACGUCAAUACCCAACAGCGUUCUAUAAAGGAUAAGACUUGAUUGGUGGGGAGGAGGGGGGUGUUUUAGAGUAAACAAAGUGUUAACUAAUGGGUGGAGGAGGGGUGUAUUAAGACGUGACUAAUCACGGACACAUCCUGAACUAAUUAAUUAUGUCAUAUCUGGGUGCACUUCCCUUAUGGAAACCGAAUGUACCACAAUAUGAUGUAAAUAUGUGGACUGUAUAUGUGUAUAUGUGAAUAUAGUGUAUAGAAUAUAGUAUAGUAUAUAGUGUAUUGAAACAAUUAUCAUAAAAUCUGAACAAAACAAUGUGUACAUUUGCCAACGUGUUGUGAAGUGUUGCAAUAUAUUGAUAAUAUUUAAGGAUACAUUUCCAGUACAUUCCAUUUCUGUAGGGGUGGCUGCAGUAUAGGCUUGUCUUCAGGGGACAGAAUGUAACCCAGAGCAGUAUGGUCCUGAAAAUCUCAGACAGCUGGGGUGCUCCUCCUCCCCCGUGUCUUCACCAAAAGAACAACCACACCCCUGUGAAAUUCCUCAGUGUCCCAUGAUUAUACAUUGGGUGCCUCCCAGCUGUAAACUCCAACCGUGCAGAAAACGACAUUUGGGUCAAAUUGACUUUCCUUAGUUAGGACAUUCACAAAUGGAGGACAAACUAAAUGUGUUGUAGGUACUCAACAAUCUUAACUCAGACGAUGUUUUAACUUAAGCUUUCAGUUGCCAGCCCCUCCCCCCCUUAUAAAUAUUUAUAUUAUUUUAAUUAGUUAAAUAUAAAGUGAUGAUGUUCAUAACAGUACUCAUUGUUUACAAAUUUACGGUGCUUGAUAUUUGACGUGUGUGAGGGUGACUCCAUGAGGAGUUUCAUGUACCUUCCUUCAAGUAAAAUGAAUUUUGAUAGCUGAUCUGUAUUAAAUUCAAACUCUGAACACUGUAAAAAAAUUGCCAAGUGAACCUUCCAUUUAAGUAAAUAAAUGUUACCAGUCGCAUGAUACUAAA